GAGCGAACUGCUUCGAGUUCGGAGCAAGGAAGGGAGCGGUGUGCGCCAGAAGCAUCGAGACGAAGCGGAGAAUGGGGGCGCCGCUCCGCCGCCUCCCGCUCCUCCUGCUCCUCGUCCUAGCCCUCUCGCCGGAGGGGAUGCGGUGGCCGGCGGCAGCCGCGGCGGCGGCGCGGCGCAUCGCGCCGCUGCCCACCGCCGCGCUGCGCCGCCUCUACGACACCUCCAACUACGGCAGGCUGCAGCUCCACAACGGCCUCGCCCUCUCCCCCCAGAUGGGGUGGAACAGCUGGAAUUUCUUCGCCUGCAACAUCAACGACACGCUCAUCCGCGAGACAGGUUCGGCCCCCCGCGGGAUCCCUGACUCCCUUUUGAAGGAGAAGAAGGCGGAGGACCCGAUUGCUUUUUUGAAGAAAAACUAG